CGCGGGAGGCCCGGAGGCCGGGGAGCCAGGGGAGGCGGGAGCCAGAGUCGAUCAUGCCGGAGCGGGCCCUGUGCCGGGCCGCUUCUCCAGUUUGAAAGUACCUCUUCUUUACCGUCGGCUCUCCUUACAUGGUCGUCGCUUCCCACCUCCCACGGAGAGAUGAGUUAGGCUGGGAGCUGGCAUCGGCUCAAGGUACCCGUGCAGAGCCCUCGGUAAGCCAAGAGAGCAGUUUCCUAGUCUGACUCCUUCAAAUGUGAGCACAUUGCAGACAGGACGGAGAAAGGCCUCCUCGUCUUCAAGCUACUCACUUCUGCCUUCCGUUUCUUGGUUGUUGUUGUUUGUUUGUUUUUUUUUUUCAAAAAAGAAAAAGGCAAACCAGUCCACAAAGAACUUAUGCUGAUCAAAGGAGGAGGCUGUGGAGUCUCAGUCACCUCUUUGCUUCCUAAGAUCCUGGCUGUGGCCUGGAUUUUUGUGUCCUCUACUUCAGGGGGUCAGUUACGGGGCAUCAGGAUUUUUGUUCUUAAUUGAACCCUUUCAUCUGAGAAGCUGAAGCUGUCACUGCUAAAAUCCUGGGUUUUUUUUCCCCAAGCAUGUCAGAAAGCUGGCAGCAGCAGCAGCAACCACAGCAGCAGUUGCCGCCCCAGCAACAUCACUCUGGGGCAUCUGCCCUCCCAGAGCACUCCAUUCCACCCAGCACUACUGACAACCCCUUGGGCUGUGCUGUCUACGGCAUCCUGCUCCAGCCAGAUCCUGUCCUGCAGCACCACCAGCAUGCGCCGCUUCAGGCUGGAGAUCUGACUCACAAAUGUGGUGUAUGUGGCCAUGACCUUGCUCAUCUCUCCAACCCCCAUGAGCACCAGUGCUUGCCAGGCCACGACCGCUCUUUCCAGUGUACCCAGUGCCUGAAGAUCUUCCAUCAGGCCACUGAUCUCCUUGAACACCAGUGCAUCCAAGUGGAGCAGAAGCCUUUUGUGUGUGGCGUCUGCAAGAUGGGCUUCUCCCUCCUGACCUCGCUGGCGCAGCACCACAAUGUCCACAGUGGCAAUGCCAUGAAGUGCUCUAUCUGUGAGAAGACCUACAAGCCCCCUGAGGCAGAGCAUUCGCAGCCUCUUGACCCCUCAGAAAAGCCCUACAGCUGCUCCAUGUGUCAGAAAACCUUCAAGCACCUCUCAGAGUUGUCUCGGCAUGAGCGCAUCCACACGGGUGAGAAGCCGUACAAGUGCACGCUGUGUGACAAGAGCUUCAGCCAGUCGUCCCACCUGGUGCACCACAAACGGACGCACAGCUCGGAGCGGCCCUACAAGUGCACGGUGUGCGAGAAGACCUUCAAGCACCGCUCCCACCUGGUGCGCCACAUGUACGCGCACUCAGGGGAGCACCUCUUCAAGUGCAAUGUCUGUGAGUUACAUUUCAAGGAGUCGUCAGAGCUGCUGCAGCACCCCUGCACACCCAGUGGGGAGCGGCCCUUCCGCUGUGGCGAGUGCCAGAAAGCCUUCAAGCGUCCCUCGGACCUGCGGCAGCACGAGCGGACACACAGUGAGGAACGGCCCUUCAAGUGUGACCUCUGCCAGAUGAGCUUCAAGCAGCAGUACGCGCUCAUGCGUCACCGCCGCACACACAAGGCCGAGGAGCCCUUCAAGUGCAACCUGUGUGAGAAGGGCUUUGUGCAGCCCUCGCACUUGGUGUAUCACCAGCACGUGCACGGCAUAGAAAACCUCUUCAAGUGCAAUGUGUGCCAGAAAGGCUUCAACCAGUCCUCAGAGCUGCUGCGGCACAAGUGUGUGCAGAACGCGGAGCGACCCUUCAAGUGCACGGUGUGCAACAAGUCCUACAAGCGGGCCUCAGCCCUGCAAAAGCACCAGCUGGCCCACUGCACUGAGAAGCCCCUCAAGUGCACACUCUGCGAGAGACGUUUCUUCUCCUCCUCUGAGUUUGUGCAGCACCGCUGCGACCCAGCCCGUGAGAAGCCCCUCAAGUGCCCUGACUGUGAAAAGCGGUUCAAGUAUGCCUCGGACCUGCAGCGCCACCGGCGCGUCCACACGGGUGAGAAGCCCUACAAGUGCUCCUCUUGUGAGAAGGCCUUCAAGCAGCGUGAGCACCUCAACAAGCACCACAGCGUGCAUGCCCGUGAGCAGCAGUACAAGUGCAUGUGGUGCGGGGAAAGGUUCCUGGACUUGGGCCUGCUGCAGGAGCACAGUGUCCAGCACACAGCUGAGGGCACCUACCAGGUGGCUGCCUGCUUGCCAUGAGCCUCCAGUCCCUCGGAAGCCUUUGGCUUGUGUGUGACACUACUGAGCCUUGGCUUCCCCUUUUCCUCUCCUCAGUUGUAGACAGCCUGCAGGGAGUCUGGGGGAAAGGGAAGGUAUGGUGGGCGGGUAGGUAAGCUUUCCUCUGGCCACUCUGGUUGAUAUGCCACCUGUAUCACAGGGGUGAUGGACAUCGUGAGAAGCUUGAAGUGAGGGAGAGGAAAGGAGAGAAAUGAAGAGUGGAAACGAUGCCUGUAGUUGCCUGGUGUCCCCUGGACUGAAGCUCAGGCUUGACCUGCAGUUCCAGUACUGGGAGUUCAGCUGCCCACUGUGGGCACCAGUCGGUGCCUCGUGCUCCUGCCCAGCCCAGCAGGGAGGGCUGGGUAACUCCUCCUGGAGAGUCCCUGGGAGCAGGGCAGAGCUAACCAUCCCUUCUCCUGGAGCGUGCUGCUUGGCAAGGAAGCAGCAGGCUUCUGCUGUGGGGAUCUUCCAGCUUUCUUGAUCUGAGCUCAGCUGAGAGGACCAUUUCAGACUGUUAGUGUUGAUUGACUUCCCCAGUGUCCCCUGUUCUCCCGCUUUCUAGAGUGUAGAAAGGGAAAAGUCACGGGGCUACCCAGCUCCUUAAAAGCACUUUGGCAUUGCUGCUUUUGCAGUUGCUGGCUGUCACACUGCAAGUGUUCUGAGUGAGCCUGCCCCCCUCCUCAUCUCUGCCAGCAGCACAGGGAAGAAUGGCAACUGUAGUGCUGAUACUGGAGAGCAUGGCGACCUCUUCCCUGGUCCUGGCCAAGAGCUGCUUCCUGAGGGACAUGGCUCUCCUGCUAAGACCUUCAGGCUCCAGGCUCCUUCCCUUUCUGCAGCACUUGGGCCUUUAGUGUACCUCUGGGGAGUCAGGGAAAGGCCCAUCCUAGCAGUUCCAACAUUAAAGGGUGAGAAACACUAAUAAUAACCUGUAACUUCAGAGCUGUGACCAUCACCAAUGAUAACCCAUGCCGGGGGCUUGGUGUCUGAUUUGCUGAGGGGAACCAAAGUAAACCAGGAUAAUCCUGGGUAAAGGAGGAGUGUAUUAUUUUCCCCUCUUAAAGGAGUCCUGUUUUACCCCUUUACUCUUUCUUUACCUCUUCUGUAUCUUUCAAAUUUUGCACAGUUCUUGUAAACAUCACUUAAAAAUAAAUUUCCCCUAGCAAGGUCAAUGCAGCCUCAGGUGUUUUCCUCUGCAGGAUUUUGCUGGCUUCUCAUGUCCAAGAGACCUGUUACAUGUCAGUCAGAAACCUUGGAGGUUGAAGGCAUGCCUGCUAGGUUGCUCAUCAGCCUUCCCCUCUCCAUCUUUGAAAGUACUAAGUUGUUAAAUAUCCAUCUUUGGAGGUGUUAGAUCCUUGACUUGGUGUGGUCCUGACCAGUACGAGACCUCGUGUGAGCAGAAGGUUGGACUAGGUCAUCAAGAGGUCUUUGCCAGUCUCAGCUCCUCUGUGAUCUUGUCAGCCUGGCCAUAUGAGGCUCAUAUGAAGGAGGAGCAUUGUGAGCAGCUGUAAUAAGUGAACAGCAGCCAGUGAGUUGCCCAUGUGCUGCGUAAGUGAUUAGGACAAGUUUAACAAAUGUUCUCCACAGCAAGCAUGGGCAGACUGACCGUGCAGAGAGUUGGGCUGUGCUGGCUUUGCUGGUAGAGGAUGUUAAUCUAAAAGGUAGAGGAAGGCUUUUGUUUCCAUUUCCAGCAUGGUGAAGGGGAACGGGGUGCUUUUUUGGGACCUGGAACGAUUCAGAGAUGGGUCUGACCCUGGGGCUGAGUCUUCAUGUGCAGCUUUAAGGAGGUUGGAGUACUCCUUACGCUGCUGCCCAAGGAAGAGGGAGCAAUAGUUACCUUACUUCAUGCUGCCUCAGAGAUGUAGAACUUUCUACCAAGUUAUCUGUCCAUAUUUCUUUUCCUUUUUUUUUUUUUUUUUUUUUUUUUUUUAAUUACAAAAUACUGCAUAGUUUAACUUGAUGUAAUACUGGAUCUUUAAAAGAAAGGUGUGAUAUUUUGGAUUUUUAAAGGGCUCUUUUGUUCUAGGUAGCUCUUUUUGCUGUUUAAUAUGUAGUAAGUUAAGUGUCUGCUUUACUGUAGGAGUAAAAAUGAGUUCAAACCUAGGAAGGCUAAUCCUGUCUUUACAGAAGGGCUUGGUAUUGGCUUGGGCUGCAAGUAUGGGACUCGGGGCAGCCAGGGAGUGCAGUGCCCACCUGAACACUCUCUUCCUGCCUCAGGCUGUGCCCAGCUCUGUCCUAGCCUGGUGCAGCUGCCACAGGUCCCACAGAGCUCAGGGUGUAGUGCUCUCCCUCUCCACUUGAGGACAGCUCCAAUAGCCAGGACCAGUGCCACAGGUGGGAGCUUGCAAAUAGACUCCUUUUAAGUAAGAGUCAGUCAGAAACAGAGGUUGCUGGAACCUCUGAAGGCUUUUGUGGCUGGUGUAUUUGUAAGGCAGCUGCUGGCAAGAGGAGGGGUUUGGAGAAAUUGUUAGGGUGUCUCCAGAAUGGCUGCACCCUGCUCCCUUCCCUCCCCAGGGCUGGGGUGGCUGGAUCACCAGCCUGGGUGAUUGUGGCAGAGGAUAGUGGUGGGCUCUGGACACAGCUCUUCACCAUGUGCUAGUCACUGAGUCCUGUCCCCUUGGUACAGGGUCUGUUGAGGAGCAUUUCCCUCAUGCUGAGCAAUUGGGAAAGUCCUCAGUGUCUCAGUAAGGAGCUUGUGCUCCACUUGGGACAUGGAAACAACCAAGCAGCAGCCUGGGCAGAGAGAGCAUGGUCAGGGCUGUGCACUCAGAGCCCUGUGCCUGGGGGAGGGAAUGCUUUGCAGAGCUCAGUAGGGACAAGACAAGUUCAGGUUGCCAGCCAGUGCCUGUCAGUGGGUGCCUCCAAGUAAGGAAAUAUCUCUGUGUGGCAUGAGAGCCAUGAAGUGUGGCCCUGUGCUGUAUUGGUCUCCUUUGCUGCCCUGCAGCAGCCCAAAUCCAGAAGAAGCCCAUGGUGGCUUCUGGUGCAAGAGCUCGGUGUGGGUGGAACUGUGCAGAAUGGGUGGCUGAGCAGUUCCCCAGGGCCUUGGGUAUAAUUUAUAGGGAGAUUGUGCAGUGUUGCAGUCAGGAUAGCUGAGGGGGGCAUGGCCAGCUCUGUUGCUAUGCUUUUGGGUCAGGUUUUGUAUUGUGAGAUGAGAGGGGAUGGAAUUGGCAGGAGGCACAUGAGUGUCAGGAGUGUGGUGCUGGGGCUUGGUCAGGGUCGGGUGGCAGGGGCUUGCCCAGGGGCCUGAUGUCCCCUGGGCAUCACACCAUGAAGGGCCCUCUGCUAACUGUUGGUGUUUCCUUUUCAAACCAAAGAGCAGUUGUGGCCAAAACAUCUUGGAAGUAAAACAUUUCUCCGUUGCAUCUGUGUUGCACUUCACUUCUGACAUUUAUUUCAGGAGACUUCAGGCUUCUUCAUGCUGCCUCUGCUUGGCCUCUCAUUCAUCACCCCAGAGGGUUGCCAUGCUGGAGGUGGUGUUUUGUGAGCCCCAUGGCAUAUGCUUGCAUGUGUCUUCAAGACCUGCUAGCCCACCUCAGGAUCCUCUGAGGGCUGGAGUAGGUCUUGGUCCCUCCCAAAGGGUCAUUCUCUUCAGCAGGCAGCAUGGGCAUAGGAUGCUGUUGAAGAGACAUCAGGGAGAGCUAGACUGGCUGAAAGUGGCAUGGGUGUUGUUCAGGAGAUAAAUCCUGCUCUUUAGGGCUGAUGCUCUGCUGAUUUUGCUUACAAAGUCUAGGAGAAAGGUAGUCUGUUACCUGGGCUUUUUUCCCAUCUUCCCUUAAUCCUACCUACAGGAUGCCUUCAGCUGUGUCUCAGUCCCAUCUGCUCCACAGCUAUUUUGCUUACACUUUCAUAAGACCUAGGCUUCUCUGACCUUUGCUCAAUUCUUUUAUUAGCAAGCAGUGCUUUGGUUUUCAUCCCUUUUUCUCUUUUGAUUGUGUCAUUUCUUCCCUGCCUCCACCCCUGUCCCAAAUUCCUCACUCUGGCUGGAUUUAGGUAAUACCAAAACACUGACAAUGUGCUCAGGUGUCUGGGACUUGCUGGAACCCAGUGGGUGCUUCUGGUCCUACCCCCUGAGGUGGCCUGCCCCACUGGGCAUGGGUGAUUUCUGUGCCUGACAGGGUUUUGUCUGUGGUGCAUCUGGCUCUGGUGAGCAAGUCUGACUGGGGACCAGGGGCCCAGAGCAGGGCUCUAGAAAAUGGGCACUGGGGUGAGAGCAGCCAUUUCCCUCUGCCACAUCUCCAAGUCUGGAGGUUAAGUCAUUGAAGGGCUGUUUGUGGGGUGAAGCUGUGAGUCAGACUGCUCAGUCCCCCUGGGAAUGCCUCUGGAGCAGCUGUGUGCGUGUCAGCCUGAGCCAAGCCAGCUGUGGCAUGGACACGUGGAACUGUGGGUAUGCCCAGGCAGCCCUGCCAGCAAUCUGGGGAGCAGAUGCCACCCCAGCCAUCAGGGCAGGACAAUGUGCACACUCUGAUCUUGGAGCACAUGCUGGAGUGGGGGUCAAGGUGGAAGGCAUCCUCUGACAGUGAUUUGGGACUGUGUCUGGGUGUUGAAGCCUGACCUUGCACUGCUAGUAGGGAGGAGAGCACUUUGGCAAUUCUCUUGGGUUUUUACCAUCAAGCCCAGGCUGCUGCUGAAGCCUGGCCACUAAUAAGAAGGAAACCCCACCUUGUUCUGCAGUUUGGCUCUUCUGCCACUGGGUGGCAAGUUCAUCCGUGGGGAAGCUCACUGUGCACACAGGUGUAACACUGAGGUGCAAUAUGGGCAGGGUGGCACAGCCUGGGGCCAGCAGCUCCCUUGGGACCUGGGGCACAGCUUCUCUGAUGCUGGGCUCCUGCUUCAGCAUCUCCCAGCAGCAUCUCCCACAUCCACAUUCUGGAUGUGAAGAUGCUACUCUUGCAGUGUGCUCAGGAUGCUCAGCAGGGAGGGCAGGACUGCAGGUCCAUGAGCUUGUGUCCAUGUGCCUCAGCCAUGGAUUCGAGGGAUUUCAUGGCCAGUAGGGUUCUCAGGCUCUUCCUAUGCUUGUGCCUCCAGCAAUGUUCCCAAGGCUGUGGGAUGUUGCAGCCAAGGAUGAUGAGGUUUGUGUGGCUUGCAGUGCCUUUAACGCUGCUCUCCAUGUGUUUCAAAGGUGAUACUCCAUGUAUGUGUGUAUAUAAUAUUGUAUUAACACAUCUCACUGUUCUGUGUGUCAAAUGGUUUUGCUUUACUAAUAAAUUUAUAGUUAUUUAUA